AUGAGGUCGUCGUGCGUGGUGCUCACCGCCCUGGUGGCGCUGGCCGCCUAUUAUGUCUACAUCCCGCUGCCCAGCUCCGUGUCCGACCCCUGGAAGCUGAUGCUGCUGGACGCGACUUUCCGGGGCGCGCAGCAAGCGAGUAACCUGAUGCACUACCUGGGCCUGAGCCACCAUCUGCUCGCACUGAAUUUUAUCAUCGUUUCUUUCGGCAAGAAAAGCGCAUGGUCAUCUGCUCGGGUGAAGGUGACCGACACCGACUUUGACGGCGUGGAAGUCAGAGUGUUUGAAGGCUCUCCAAAGCCAGACGAGCCUCUGAGGCGCAGUGUUGUUUAUAUCCACGGGGGAGGCUGGGCCUUGGCAAGCGCAAAAAUCAGAUAUUAUGAUGAACUGUGUACAGCAAUGGCUGAGGAGUUGAAUGCUGUCAUUGUCUCCAUUGAAUAUAGGCUAGUGCCAAAGGUUUAUUUUCCUGAGCAAAUUCAUGAUGUUGUACGUGCCACGAAGUAUUUCAUGCAGCCGGAGGUCUUGCAGAAGUAUUCGGUGGACCCAAGCAGAAUCGGCAUUUCUGGUGACAGUGCUGGUGGGAAUUUGGCCGCCGCCCUGGGCCAACAGUUUAGUCAAGAUGCCAACCUGAGAAACAAGCUCAAAGUGCAAGCUUUAAUUUAUCCGGCCCUUCAAGCUUUAGAUUUUAACACGCCCUCUUAUCAGCAAAAUGUGAACGCCCCGAUCCUGCCCCGAUACGUCAUGGUCAAGUACUGGGUGGACUACUUCAAAGGCAACUAUGACUUUGUCCAGGCAAUGAUAGUGAACAAUCACACGUCCCUCGAUGUGGCAGAGGCUGCGGCCCUCAGGGCCCGUCUGAACUGGACAUCCCUCCUGCCCGCGUCCAUCACCAAGAACUACAGGCCCGUGGUGCAGCCCACCGGCGACGCCAGGAUUGUCCGGGAGAUCCCUCAGCUGCUGGACGCCCGCUCUGCCCCCGUCAUCGCGGACGAGAGCGUCCUGCAGCACCUCCCCAAGACCUAUAUUCUGACGUGUGAGCACGACGUCCUGCGAGACGACGGGAUCCUGUAUGCGAAGCGUUUGGAGAGCGUAGGCGUGGAGGUGACCAUCGAUCACUUCGAGGAUGGCUUCCAUGGGUGCAUUAUUUUCACCAGCUGGCCCACCAACUUCUCUGUGGGAAUCCGGACUAGGAACAGUUACAUCAAGUGGCUGGAUCAAAACCUGUGAAGGAGUAGAAUUUCUAGAAUGCUCGUGCCCCUCCUGACCCCCUGCACCUGCUUUAGAAAGACAUGUAUUUUUUAGUCGAGUAAUUUCCCCUUGUUACUUGUGAGUUAUGGAAUCCCCAUCCUCUGCUUUAUGUUAAUUUAAUUUUUUUUAAAUACAUUUGACUAACCUAACUGCAAAAACAUCUAAAUCUGAUUCUCCAGGUGGGCCAGUCUCUCCUUGUUGUAGUGAAACUGCUACCAGUGCCCACCACUGCAGAGAGCAGGACUAGGAGCUGGAAAGAGCUGUGCCUCCUGCCUUCAUCAAGUUCUUUUUAAAAGAAAUACGUCCAGCUCUGGAUGACACUGUAACCUUCAAUGAGUUGAGAAAGUGCAGGCUCUUGUUCCACAUGCUAGAGUUUACUUUGAGUUCAGAGCACUGUUAAAUGUGUGCACUUGAAGGUCAGUGCUGGGCACUUGAAGGUCAAGUGCCCUCUGUCCUUUGUAGAUGGAUGGUUUUGUUUCCUAUGGGAAUUUUGGCAAAGGUGUUCUAGCAAGGACAAGUUUCUCAAAUGACGUUCUUCCUUGAGAGUGUUAAUUUUAUGAGAUAGCUCUCUGUAAGUCCAGUUGGAUUAUGAUGAUACUUGAACGUUACUUUCUACCACUAUUAUUAGAAAAUAUAAGGCUGCAUGCACUGGAUGUCUGUACAUUGUUAAUAUUUUUCGUUAUGCUAUCUCCUCGGGGAAGAACUUUUGGGACCAAAUUUAUUUAAAUUUAGAAUAAAUUUUCCAUGAUAGAACAAGUAAAAAACCAAAUGAACCAACCUAUUGUUUUCAUAAUGAAUACUUCUGACAUAAGUUACCAAGAGCAGUGUGUAUAUAUUUGGCAUAGUCAGGAAAAAAAAGAUAUGUUUAAUAGCAGUUUAAAAUUAGGAAAAAUACCUGUAGAGGGUCUAGUUUAUUCUUGAAAACUCAACUUUUUCACUACAUGGCUUUAAAAUGGGGCUAUUUUGGGGGAUGGAGACAUAUAUAUAUAUAUAUAUAUACACACACACA